UCCUCUGGGUUCAUGGCUGUGUUUUUAAAUGUCAUCUUCAUCUACUCAAACCCAUUGCUCUAUUUCUCUGCUCUUGUUUCAUCAUCUCUAUUUUUUCUGUCCCUUACUGUGUCUCAACUAACUCCAAAGCCAUGAGUUGUUGUAACAUUGAGUCAUGCAAUGGAGAACCUCAGAUUUCUGCUGUUAUUUUGGAUUUGGACGGGACCCUUUUAAACACAGAGAAAGCAACGAAAGGAAUUCUGAAGGAUUUCCUGGGGAGGUAUGGGAAGGUUUUGGACAGUGAAAAGGAAGACAAAAGGUUGGGUAUGACGCACAAGGAGUCUUCAGCUGCCAUUGUCAAGGACUAUGAUCUUCCCCUCACAUCUGAUCAAUUUUCCCGGGAGAUCAUGCCUUUAUAUCAAGAGAGGUGGCCACAAGCCAAAGCUCUUCCAGGUGCUAAUCGCCUUAUCAUGCAUCUACAUAAGCAUGGAGUGCCAUUUGCACUUGCUUCAAAUUCCAUACGGAAACAUAUAGAAGCAAAGAUAUCUUACCACCAAGGAUGGAAUGAAGCAUUCUCAGUAAUAAUUGGACGUGAUGAGGUUAAUUCUGGGAAGCCCUCUCCUGACCUAUUUCUAGAGGCAGCAAAGAGAAUGGGAAUGGAGGCAAGUCACUGUCUGGUGAUUGAAGACUCCCUGCCUGGUGUUAUGGCUGCAAAGGCUGCUGGAAUGAAGGUGGUGACCAUUCCAUCCCUCCAAACUCAAGUGGAUCAUUAUUCAAUAGCUAAUUCUGUGCUUCAUUCACUUUUAGAGUUCCGGCCUGAGCUCUGGGGUCUUCCACCAUUUGAAGACUGGGUGCAAAGUGCAUUGCCAAUUGAACCAAUGUAUGUAAAGGGCAUAGUCCGCAAGGGGUUUCUGUGUGAAUUUGAAGAUGAUGGUCCAACUGCUCUUCCUGAUCAAGUUUCGGGAAUAUACUUUGGUUGGGCCAAACUUGGUGCACAAGGGAACUCCAAAGUCGUGGUGGGCAUCGGAUGGAACCAUCAUUUAUCUACCAUUAUGAGAAUAAUUAAACCAUGUCUCAUUGAUGAAAUAUGUGAAGACAUAUCUGAUCAAGAAAUGCACCUUCUACUUGUUGGCUACAUCCGAGAACUGAGAGAUGAGGUUAAUACAUUGGCAGAUUUAAAAUUAUAUGAGGAAGAUAAAUCCAUUGCAAGUGCAGCCUUGGAUCUUCCUAUAUUUGUCCAUCAUAAAGUUACCCUUCUCUCAGAAGAAGCAUCAUUUGUAGGCUGCAAUUCUGCAAUGGCUUAGACAAGCAAGCAUAAGGAGUCACUGCAAUCAUACCAAAAACAGUUUCCUUUUUGGACAGAAUGUGGAACUUGUCAAUAAAGAAGUGAAUGCCGUGUUGUUUUAUUUUCUGCUUGGAAAUUUCUAGACAACUCCCACCUGAAUUUCCAAAUCUUA